AACUUAAGGAGAGGCCGCUUUCCUUGUUAAGAUGGCUGAAUAUACUGCUGCUGAGAACGAGACUAAAGAUUUUUGUGAACAAGGAAGUAAAUGUCAGCCUGUUGAGUUAGGUUUUAUCGAACAAUCGGAAUCAUCGUAUUUAACUAGUCGAUUUUUUCCUAGUAAAAUUGGAGGAAAACCAGCAUGGUUAAGUAUGACUGAUAUUCCCUCAUCUUCGAUGUUGAGAUGUAACGUAUGCAAUGAACCAUCUGUAUUUUUACAGCAGGUAUACGCUCCAGUGAAUGGAAAAGAAACUACAUUUCACCGUACAAUAUUUAUAUUCUUUUGCAAAAGCCCGAAAUGUUGUUCGAAAAACAGCAAUCUGAAUUUCAAGGUAUUUCGUUGCCAACUUCCUCGUAAAAACAAAUUCUAUGAUUAUAAUCCACCAAAUGAAACAAACGAAAAUGUGGAGAAGUGGUCUGUGGACAAAUUUCAGAUUGUUUGUGAUGUUUGUGGCUGUUUAGGAGACAAACGAUGUGGACGUUGUCAUAAGAAGAAUUACUGUAGUAAAGAACAUCAAGUUCUUGAUUGGAAAUCUGGACAUAGAGAAAAUUGUGGUUUGCAAGAAAGUUCUCCAUAUCACAUAAACUUUCUUCUACCAGAAUUAGAGCUUGUAAUGGAACAUGAAAAUUACGAUGAUGAAAAAGAAGAAGAAAAAAGUGAGUCACAAAAACUGGAAGAAUAUCAGAAAUUUCUAACAUCUCCUAAAGCUGAUGAUUUAGUGAAAGACAGCAAAAUUUUUGAAAGUGAAUUGGAAGCAUUGGCUUUAAAGUCAGAUAAGAUAUACAACAAGUUCAAGAAAAGAAUUGCCAAUGAACCUGAACAGGUUCUUCGUUAUCAGCGAGGUGGUCAGCCAUUAUGGGUUUCUUCGGAAAACAUACCAAAAGCUGGAGACAUUCCUUCCUGUCCAUGCGGUGUUCCCCGACAGUUUGAAUUCCAGGUAAUGAAAAUUAUUUUCAUCAAUACCUUUUGUCAGUUUUAUGGUAGCUAUAUUUAAAAAAAUAUUUACAUU